CUUACUGCAACAACCCUAUACAUCGGGGAAGAAACUGAGAGCGAGAAUUGUACACUCAUCUAUAAUUCUUUAAACCAGCAAGUCUUAUGGAAGUGGGCAAUAGUAAACAAGUUGCUGCUCAAUUGUAUUGAAGUGUUUGUAUUCUUGACAUCGUUACGUUUGCCGGGUGAUUCUUAUGUAUAAAAUCUUCAUGUAGGAUUGGAUUAAAUACCAUUUGUGUGCUAGCUUGGACAGAACACGCAAGAUCGUGUUUAUCAGUGUGAACCGAUUAAAUCCCAAAUUGGAAUAUCUGUUUAGUCUAUAAAUUAAGUGCUUUAAGGAUAUUACUCAAAAAAUUGACCAAUGCUGAAUGUAAGUGAAGAAGAAGAUUGGAAAGUUGGCGAGUGAUGCAUUUGCACACCUUCACGCAUCCUGAUGGCAAAGACAAAUGCUGUUGCCUAUGUAGAAAGGACAUAAGACAACCCUUCAAUGUUUCCAGGCCGUGGCUCUACACGUCCUUGCGCGGAUCUGAACUCGUCAAUAGAAUGCCUUUUGAGAGUGCCGUCUGCCAAGAUGUGAAAAUGGGCAUUAAAGAAGAAUAUUACCAAAAGGCCAUUUCUGCUGGGGUAGAACACCUCAGUUGUGGUGCUAAUCCAAUGCAAAGUAGUUCAUUGUUCAAAGAAGAUAGUGUAUCUUCAACUACUAAACUUUUUGAACCAUCUUUAUUGCACUGCGAAGAGUGCCAUUUACGUUUUUACAACUUGAUGCAUAAGACUCACUUGUGUCAAGUCUGUGGACACUGUUCACACAACUCAAGCAAUUUCAAUACACUCUGCACUUCCCAGAAUAAGCAUGAGAAAAAUUCUGCUGCUUCUUUGGGACAAGAUUUGUCUUUAGAAUUCAAUGUGGCUGAUCAGCAUGCCCCAACACUAGUCCUAAAAUAUAUUCAAGAAAUUGAAACCCUAGCAAAACAAAAUAAAGAUAUUGAUUUAUACUUAGCCUAUAAAACACACAAUCAUAGUCACACUCAACUUAAAAGCAAGCAAAGACAAAAUGAAGAUACCAAAAACGUAGAGUUCAAGGGAUAUCCUCUCUCUUGCAUAACCAGUGCCUUAAUCAAAUACCUUCGGGAAUUGCCCAAUCCUGUGAUACCUGUUAAAAGCUAUGAAAAAUUUGUUGAUGCUUCUAAAAUUCAUAAUGACAAGCAAUGUGCCAUGUACUUAGGAGAACUUGUUCAGAAAUUGCCAGUACACCACAAAGUAACUUUGCAAACAUUGAUGGCUCAUUUCUGCAAAGUGUGUUCUUUGCAAUAUUCCAGAGGAUUUAAAAGUUUUCCAGAUGCCAUGAUUAGAAUCCUGAGUCACACGUUGCUCCGUCCAGCUUGGGAUAAAAUUGAGCAACUUAUUUCAAACUCAGAAGCUCACAUUAGGAUUAUUAAAUUGCUUCUUUUGAAAGGAGAGUGGGGAGAAAAACUACCAGAUUUUGCAUCCCAACCAAGUCAACUACCACACAUGGCUGUAGUUAUGGCAGACAACAUGCAAGUUUCCAUUCCAAUGGACUUCGAAAAGCUUCAAAUAGCCGAAGAUUGCCAUAAAUCAGAAGACAAAGCUCUUCAAGAAGCUGAGUGGUUUUGGGGAGACAUUUCACGGGAAGAAGUUGAUGAAAAAUUGUCCAAUACUUGUGAUGGUACAUUCCUUGUGAGAAAUUCUUCUAAUAAAGGUUCUGGAGAAUAUACAUUAACAUUAAGGAAAGGAGGUAGCAACAAACUAAUAAAAAUCUUCCACCGUAAUGGUAAAUAUGGCUUCUCUGAGCCCCUGUCCUUUUCAUCAGUAGUAGACCUCAUAACACACUAUCAGCAUGUCUCUUUAGCUCAUUACAAUCAUACAUUAGAUGUUAAGCUCAUCCACCCUUUCACCAGGAUUUCUCAGGACUCCAACAGUAGAAUAUUGCGGUCAUUGAAUCAGGAUUUCCUAAAUGCUGCUCAAUUAUAUGACAAAGUUUACAAAGACUUUGACAAAAUGCAGAAUGAAAUACUUCUGAAGGAGAACGUCUUAGAAGCAAUUAGAGACUGUAUUGGACUGCUUGAAAGUCAGCUUGAAGAAUACCAAAAAAAGCCUGGUGAAGUUCCAUGCAAAGAUAUUGAAUCUAUGAAGAGAAGGAUAUUAUCCCUUCAAAAUCACCUUCAAGAGCAAGACAGUGCACUUAAGCCUCUAAUGUCCUUCUACCGCACAUUAGAAAGGGAAAUUUCUGCCCAGAAACCAAAUUUGAUCUCAUUAUAUAAGCAAAGGCUGAUUUCAACUCAAGAUCAAUCUAAGGAAAGUAUUAAUCAAUUCUUACAAGAUCCAUGCAGUACGAAAAAAAGUACCUCGAAAGUUGUCUCUGUUAAAGAACUUCCUCAUAAUAAUGAGACUACGUGGCUGCUGCAAGAUUGCUCUCGAGCUGAUGCUGAGAAAUUACUUGCUGGUAAACUCAAUGGGACUUUCCUAAUCAGAAAUAGCCGAACCGGGGAUUUUGCUCUGUCUAUUGUUGUGAAUGGUUCAAUUGGUCAUUGUUUGAUUCGCAAGACGGAUGAUGGGUAUGGAUUUGCUGAACCUUACAACGCCUUCCCAACCUUAAAAAAUCUUGUUCUUCAUUACGCACAGACCUCUUUAGAGGAUCAUAAUAGUUCUCUAAAGACGACUUUAAUGUACCCAAUAUUUUCUUCAGAAAGUGAACAAUACGUGAAUAUUGCCAGCUAGGUUUUGAUCACCUUUUUUCUAUUACUCAUAAAACCUAGAGUUUAAAGAAAAUGGAAGUUUUCUAUUGCCAUAAAUUUUGAAAACUGAAAAUUCCCUAGAGUGUGAACAAUUGUAAAUUUUCUCAAAUGGCAUCUGUUACGACAUGUUAAUGGUUAAAGUUCAUAUUUUCUGUUUGGACUACAAACUUAGAUAAAUUAGACAGACAUUCACUAUAUUGCAUAUUUUUUGUUAUGAUUGCAUAAAUUUUUUUGGGUAAGAUUGUGAAUAGCAAACUGAAUGACUGAUAUAUUUUGUUUGAAUUAUCAGAUGGACUUGAUUGUAAUAAUUUCAACAAAUAUCCUAUUAAACGGUGAUAGUCUAUAUCAGAACUGCUGAAAUAGGCAUGACAAAUCUUUCAGAGAAGAAAAAAAAAACUUGUCCCAAAGAAUGUGUUUAAAAAAGAAAAUCUUUUACUGUGAUAACCACUAAAGCUUAAGAGAGUACUUAUUGGUUUAUAAUUAUUUUUUGUGCAGACUUUUUUCAUUGCUAGAGGUGCAGCUGCUUCAAAAGAAAUGCCAAAGGCAUAAAAAUGUGUACAUAUUUUUCACCAUGUUUCACUCUUGGACUGAUUUGCAUCUAUUUGAUAGUAUUUUUUACUAUAGAACAGAUAAUUGAUGUCUUUUUUCCCCCUGCUGUAUGUAAUCUAUUUCAAAAUAUCAUUUUGCAUAGCAUUUGAUGGCUUUUUUAUUAGUAAAUGUGGCACCUAUAGAAUUCUUGAAGAUUUUUUUUAACUGUUUUUUUUUUUAUUUUGUAGAAACAAUAAAAAAAUGUAGUUGGUUUGCAGUUUUUCUUGUAAAAUAUUGUUUAUGUAAUCAAAUGGAAUAUUUAUAUUUUCUUUGAAAUGAAAAAGUGAGCCAUUAGAAAUAAAUUUAUUGGUGCAUUAUGUAUUUCAUUUUUUUAUACUUUUUAUGAUGUCAAGUGCUUGAUGUAAUUUCAUUAUCAGAUCUGUAAUGUGUCCAAUAAAUUUUCAAAAAUGCUACACUUCUUAAUUCCAAAAUUUGUGCAAUCGAAACUUUCUUUAUGUGUCAUAUCUUUAUUAGUCAAAGGUAAAAAAGAAAAUUUAAUAUGGCAUGCUAUAUAUAUUGUUAUGGAAUAAAAUGUAUAGCUUUUAAAGUUAUUUAAAAUUUUUGUCUGAAAAUUUUAUGGAUUUACUUUAUUUUUAGUUAUUUUUUCCCCUAAAAAUUCUAUGCUCCACACUAUGUAUAUCCUUAUACAGAAAAUGUUUUGCUAGUCAUUAUGUAUUUUUUUUUUAAAUGAAAAAAUGUAAAGCUGUUUAAAAAAAAUGAAAUCAAAAUCUGAAGUGUAUCAUGAUUCAUUUUUAAAGUGUAGCAUGAUUUUUUUUAAUGAAACUCUGUAAAAAAAAUUUUCAAUUGUGAUAUGAUGUAAAGUUUUUGGAUGCUAAUCAAAAGCAUUGAAAUUCUGACUUGCAGAAUUGUAAGAGCUGUUCCAAAAGCAAUCUGGCAAGUGUCCCAUCUUUCUGUGCAGAGUACAAAAGAACUGAGGGAUUUUGCCCAAAAAUUUCAUAAGUACUUUAAUAAAAGCUGUUUUUUUUUAAAUCAUA